GGCCAUUUUGUCCGCGGGUCCCUGACGUGAGGCGGCUGCAGGAGAAGCAAGAAGCAGCGGCAGCGGCAUCAGCGGCGUCUCGUUCUCUCCCUUGGUUCUCCGCCUCCCUCUCCCGCCGCGAUGCUGUCCGUGCGCGUAGCCGCCGCCCUCGCCCGCUCCCUGCCCCGGCAGGCUGGCCUGGUUUCUCGGAAUGCUUUGGGUGCAUCAUUUGUUGCAACAAGGAACCUCCAUGCCUCCAAAACAAGUCAACAGAAAACAGGCACUGCUGAAGUAUCCUCAAUUCUUGAAGAGCGCAUUCUGGGCGCUGACACCUCUGCUGAGCUUCAAGAAACUGGCCGUGUGCUUUCCAUUGGUGAUGGUAUUGCCCGUGUGUAUGGCCUCAGGAAUGUUCAAGCAGAAGAAAUGGUUGAGUUCUCUUCUGGGCUUAAGGGUAUGUCCCUGAACUUGGAGCCCGACAAUGUUGGUGUCGUCGUAUUUGGUAAUGACAGGUUGAUUAAGGAAGGGGACGUUGUGAAGAGAACAGGAGCCAUUGUGGAUGUCCCAGUUGGUGACGAGUUGCUGGGACGUGUUGUAGACGCACUGGGAAAUGCCAUUGAUGGAAAGGGUGCCAUCGCUUCCAAGAUUCGCAGGAGGGUUGGUCUGAAGGCACCUGGGAUCAUUCCUAGAAUCUCUGUGCGAGAGCCCAUGCAAACUGGCAUCAAGGCCGUAGACAGCUUGGUACCAAUUGGCCGUGGUCAGCGUGAGCUGAUUAUUGGAGACAGGCAGACAGGGAAAACUUCAAUUGCUAUUGAUACCAUCAUCAACCAAAAACGAUUUAAUGAGGGGACUGAUGAAAAGAAGAAACUGUACUGUAUUUAUGUUGCAAUUGGCCAGAAAAGAUCCACUGUUGCUCAACUGGUGAAGAGGCUCACUGAUGCAGAUGCCAUGAAGUACACUAUCGUGGUCUCUGCUACAGCCUCAGAUGCUGCCCCCCUUCAGUAUUUGGCUCCUUAUUCUGGCUGCUCCAUGGGUGAAUUCUUCAGAGACAAUGGCAAACAUGCUUUGAUUAUCUAUGAUGACUUAUCCAAACAGGCUGUUGCCUACCGCCAGAUGUCUCUGUUGCUGCGUCGUCCACCUGGCCGAGAGGCCUACCCCGGCGAUGUAUUCUACCUGCACUCCCGCCUUUUGGAAAGAGCAGCCAAAAUGAACGAUUCCUUUGGUGGUGGCUCUCUGACUGCCCUUCCUGUCAUCGAGACUCAAGCUGGUGAUGUGUCAGCCUACAUUCCAACCAAUGUAAUCUCUAUCACCGAUGGUCAGAUCUUCUUGGAAACUGAGCUGUUCUACAAAGGUAUCCGCCCAGCCAUCAACGUUGGUCUGUCUGUGUCUCGUGUUGGUUCUGCUGCUCAGACAAGGGCUAUGAAGCAGGUGGCCGGAACCAUGAAACUGGAACUGGCUCAGUACCGUGAAGUAGCUGCUUUUGCCCAGUUUGGCUCAGAUCUGGAUGCUGCUACUCAGCAGCUGCUCAGUCGUGGUGUACGGCUGACUGAGCUGCUUAAACAAGGACAAUAUGUUCCCAUGGCUAUUGAGGAACAAGUUGCAGUUAUCUAUGCUGGGGUAAGAGGCCAUCUGGACAAGCUGGAACCCAGCAAGAUCACCAAAUUCGAGAGUGCUUUCCUUGCUCACGUUCUGAGCCAGCACCAGGCCCUCCUCUCCACAAUCAGGACUGAUGGGAAGAUCUCUGAACAAACUGAAGCCAAGCUGAAGGAAAUAGUCACAAAUUUCCUGGCAACAUUUGAAGCAUAAACUCUUUAACAGUUCUCUAUACAAGGCAUAUUUUGUCACUGAACGCUGGUAGCACUCUGGUUCCAUUUUUUACCAGAGGCUUAAUAAAAGGUAUGUGUGAGUUGAAUGUACAGAUCUCAUUGAGAAUUAAAAGUUCCAUGUAAAGA